CUCAACUGUUUCGCUCGUUUCGUCCCUACCAGUCAGUUCCUUCGCAUUUUUUCUGCUUUACUCAAUGUUUCGUUUCCUCUUCGUCCACAGUGUCCGAUAACACCACUUAUGGCUCUGAGCCCAGAUGGCCAGCCUGCCCCCUCUGAGCUCUCUGGACCUACUCUUAUCGGUGCUCCUGGAGAUCGUCCUUCGCCUCCCGGUACUCCUUCCCCCCCGUCCGCCAUCUCCUCGAUGGAGGCAAAACACUACUACGCCGGAUUGCACACUGCUUCCACGGGCCCAGUCUUGAUUUGCCGCACCAGUCGCGGUGUGUGGGAGCUCCCCCGUGGUGCUGAGGAGUACUUUCGGCCCAAGGAGCUCAAGGUCGUCGGCAACCACGACAUCCAGGACGUCUGGGAGAAGGGCCUGGCGGCGGAGGUGCACGUCGCCCUACGUGAGAAGAAGAUCAACUGGUCCAGCACGGAUAUUGUUCGUAUCUGCUACGCGGACGAGCAUUCGGGCGACGUUAUCCUGUGGAUUGGCGUCCGGCCUGAUUCAUCCCUCUCUUACGAAGUCGCUAUCGACGCAGCUCUUCACUGCAAGAGCCUUGUGGUAGCCCGCGGUAUCUUAGACGUGGAAGUGGAAAUGCGCGAGGCGGACGUCUUCCGCCGCGCUGGCCCCCAGUUCCUUCCACCCGCCUUCGACCUCAAGUCCGACCCGACUGCCGAAGUUCGCAUGGCCCCUUGCCUCGACACUCGGCAUGACCAUCUGUUCCCGCCGCACGCCCUGGGGUGAAGGCAGCGGAGGUUUCUACGUCACGGACGGGAAGAGGCUUCUGCUCGUGACUGCUCGCCAUGUCCUCUUCCCCCCGAGCACAGAUGACAACAAGCUUUUCGAGUACAAGUCGAGCAGCUCGGGCAUGCCCCGCAAGGACGUCGUCCUCCUCAGAUGGCAUCAUUACCGUCCAGCAGAAGAAGCUCGUCUAUUGGAACGCUAGGGAGGGCGCUCCCCAGGCUGCGAAGGGGCUCGCGGAUGCCCAGAGUGCGAUCAAGGAAGCAGAGGCGAC